AUGACUAGAUAUGGUGCAAAUGCUAUUAGUUACGUCAAUCUGCUCUUCCUCCAUGGCACUGCAUGUGUUUGUAAUAUCUGUCUGCAGAGUUGCUACAUCAGCACACUGUUCCUGACUCUGUCCUAUGCUCUGGAGGCAUUUCUGAGGGUCAGGAAACGUCUCUACGAUGGAUUAACCAGUUUGUCAAGAGAACAGCAGAAAAAGGUUGUGAGCUAUACAUUCAUGCAUCUGAUCUAUGCGGUGGCAUGGAUGGUGCCGCUGGCUGCGGGGAUUAUUCUGCUGGUGUUCACGCACUGGGUGACCGCCAAGGACACCACCAGCCCACAUGUCAAUUUCACUAAAGUCAUCCCAGCUGAAUGUUCCACAUGUUUGCCAGUGUUCCACUACACUCAAGAUGAUCCGUGUUGGACUCAAGUGGUUAGCGGCAUAUCCUGGCAUCUUGCAUACAAGCUGGUGUUCUUCGUUCCGCUCAUCGCAGUGUUCAUCUCUAACCUUGUGCUUUACGUGUUCAUAACCCGAGCCUUCAAGCAAGUGUCCAUGAGGAGAGGUUUGUACACCUUCCAUCAGCGUCAGGAGGAGUCGACUGUGAGAAGGAAAGCAAUACUGUACCAGUGUGCCUUCCUGUGUUGCUGGCUACCCACCCUCAUCUUAGGAGUGAUAUCCUUCACGGAAGGGUUUCAUAUGUGCGACUGGUUUGUGCUAUACCUACUGCAGGCCUUGCUGGGUCCACUCCAGGGCUUCUUAAACUGCAUCAUCUACGGCUGGAAGAGGGAGCAGUUCCGCCGAGCACUGUCUGAGAGCUCUAGCCUCACCAGCACCAACAUGCCGUCCUACUUGUCCCUCACGUUAUGACGGAGCCUCCUCCUGUCAAUAUACAUACCGGUACCUACUUGUGAUCCUCAGGCUCUUCGGACCAUCACACGGUUCAUCAUUGUUGUGUAGGUGUUAUCUGUGAUCAUACUGAGCAUAUCUGGACACACCACCAUGUUGUCUUCAGUAUGGUAACCAAUCAUGUUGUCUUCAGUCUGGACACGGGGUAGCCUGGUGGAUAAAGCGUUUGCUCAUCUCGCCGAAGAUCCAGGCUGGUUCCCAACAUAUCAACAAUGUGUGAAGCCUGUUUCUGGCAUGACCGGUGGUGAUAUUGCUGGAAUGUUGAGGCGUAAACUCACUCACUCACCCACUGAGUCUGGACACACCAUCAACUUGUCUCAGUGUGGAUAUAGCAUGGCCAGCUCACUGCAUGCUAUGGUUGUGUCAUUGCAGGUGACCUCUGAUUGGUCCAUGGAAGACAGUAAUGAGGAUCUGUAUUUUACACAAACUCCCGUCUUUCUUAUAGUGUGACUUCAACAUGAGUUGAACAUGUCAAAUACCAUGAACACACAAUGCCAUUUAGAAAGUGGUCAAAUGUAACAUAUGUUAUAUUUGGGAUUUAACUUUCUUAGUAAAGUACAGAUUCUAGUACUUUUAUUGGGUUGAGUCCCAUCCGGGAUCCCUCUGAGGGUGUGUGUUCGAAUCCCUGAUGGGAUUCAACCCAAUAAUUAGAAUUUGUACUUCUCUAAGAAAGUUUAAUCCCAAAUAAAACAUAUGUUUCAUGUCAAAUACCAAUCUGUCCUGGGAAAUUGCUUUUGAUAUUGUUGUAAUAAAUCUCGUAACAGCUUGAGUCUGGCAGAGACUGCCUCUCACCGACCCAAUAUUACUGAUAACCUGUUGAGUGGAUCAGUACUAAACUGGCGCUGAUUGACUUUAAGGAUGGAAGCAUGAAUUAUUUUCCAUAUAUUUAGUCAAUUUUUCAUUUACUUCUAUUGUUCAUGUAAUUUCUUUCUCUCUAUUGUAAAUUAGACCCUCAUCGAUUGGUGCCAAUAAAUUACUUGUUUGCUUG